AGCGAAAAUGUUUUUUUUUUUUCCAGUGUCGUCUUUUUGUCGGUGUUAUGACUUAUGUAACGCUCGUAACGCCAUACGCUUUCGUCAAAUGACUGACCAAACGUCGUAAGCAACAUUAUUUAACGAAUCGGUUUAGACGUCGUGUGAGCCAAAUUGUAAACACAGUUGUUUGUGCUUGCUAUUGUAAUAAAAUUUAAGUAAAUGUACUCCACUAAACUUAAAUCAAUCAGGUUUUACAUCGAAAUUGUUCACAAUCGGCGAUGGCAUCAGUUGACACAAACGAAACAGCUGUUGUACAGAAAUCGCGGUCGUUUGGAGCGGAGUUCAGAAAAUUCAUUUCGAGCCCCCAGUGCCCAGCCUCCGACAUAUCAGCAUCGACCAAAAAAGCGCGAACCUUGCAAGGAUCAGGAGUAAAACUGUCAUGUGAAACUGAGAACGCAUCCGUGAACGAUUCUGCUGGAUCAAAACAGAACCAGAUAUACCGUGCAGUACUCCGCAACAUUGCCAACUCUCCAAAAACCAAACCAAAGGGAACAUCAUCCGGCGCAAAUUCCCACCGAGGAUUCCAGGAUGCUAAGAGCAAAAAUUUACUUCUAAAAAAUGUUUCCGUGGCACAAAAACAGGCCGUAGGAUCGGAUUUUUCUAGUGGCUCCUCACACAACCGGUCAAGUCAGCAUUUGAACGGAUUCAACGCACAUUCCCUUGUUGAUCACUAGAUCAAAAUCUCCUUGAAUGGAAGCGGAUCUCACAAGGCUGAUCGUAAAAUUCAGAAAGUGUCACCAAACAUAUCAGCGGAAGUGGCUGUUGAUUCACGCCGACUACAGCGACUACAGUCAAACGAUGAUAAUACUCAAAAAUUGACCCAGAAAAGUUCGUUAUCGUUGUGGAACUGUUUGCAUAUUGAUCAUUACAGCACACAUCAUUCAUUUGUCCAUUGACAAGUAUGAAAUUAAUGGACCAAAUUGUGCUAGGGCGACUGUACCAGUUAUAGAGGCAAUAGUAAAAUUCAUAUUAUUUUAACAAGGGCCAU